GGCGCCGAUUGGCCACACCGGCCGGGCUGUCCGCGCAACCCGGUGGCGACCCCGAUCCCUAUUGGCUAAGCGCCCUGUCAAUUCCCCCGGCACGCCGCUGCCAUCAGGUUAGGUGGAGGCGAGCCGCUUUCUUCACCCCUCCUCCUUCCAACUGCCCCCGAGAAAGAGAGACACAGCGCGAGGAGGAGGAGGGGGGGGGAAGGAUUCGUGUUAACACAGCACGAAAUAAUAACAAUUUAAUCAUCGGAGCCGCGGCUGGGUCUCAAUGUGAAGAUUGUUGUCGAGGGGAGUUUAUUUUUAAAGUUUUAUUUACCCCCCCCCCCGCCUCAGCCCCCUCUCUCCCCUCCCCCCCCCCCCACUCCCCGGUGUAGAUUUGGAUGGUGGAGGAGGCGCAGUUUGUGUGGCGCCCGAGGCCGGAGCCGGUGACUGCGAGAUGAGGAGGGGGAAGCCGUGCGCUGGCAGCCCGCACUGCCUUUGGCUGUUCACGGCCGCCCUGGUGACGGCCCGCUGCUGCCCCGGCGCCGCGGUCGCGGGCUACGGCGACAAGGUGGUCUGGGCCAUCAACGCCGGAGGGGAGGCCCACACCGACAUCCACGGCAUCCACUUCAAGAGGGACCCGCUGGAAGGCAAAAUAGGCCGGGCAUCAGACUAUGGAAUGAGGUUGCCAAUUUUUCGGUCAGUGCCCGAAGAUCAAGUUUUGUAUCAAACUGAGCGCUACAAUGAAGAAACCUUUGGAUACGAUAUUCCAAUUAAAGAAGAAGGCGACUAUGUGCUGGUUCUGAAGUUUGCUGAAGUGUACUUUGCCCAGUCUCAACAGAAGGUCUUUGAUGUGAGAUUAAAUGGACAGCAUGUAGUAGUGAAAGAUCUUGACAUAUUUGAAAAAGUGGGACACAGCACAGCGCAUGAUGAACUGGUGUCUUUCACAAUUAGAAAAGGAAAACUUAGCGUUCAAGGAGAGGUGUCUACAUUUAAUGGGAAACUACUUGUAGAAUUUGUCAAGGGUUACUAUGACAACCCAAAAGUCUGUGCUAUAUGCAUUGUAAAGGGAACAGUGGAGGAUGUUCCCAAACUUCUGCCUCAUCCUGGUCUAGAAAAAAAGGAAGAGGAGGAAGAAGAAGAUGAUUAUGAGGAUGGUAAUGAGAAGAAGACAUUAAGCAAAAAGAAGGUGAAGUCGGGACCUCGAACACCAGACCCGUAUGCCUCAGACAACAGCAGCCUAAUGUUUCCCAUUUUAGUUGCCUUUGGGGUCUUCAUUCCCACCUUGUUUUGUCUCUGUCGGUUAUGAGAUAUACUUCGCAUGUACAGUGGUGCUUGUGGGUGAGGAGCUUUGACACCGUGUGGGGCAGUCUGUUUAAAGCAGUUUAUUUCUCUUUCCUCUUCAGAAAUGAGGGGGAGAAAGGAAGAGAAAUGGUUUGUAUGGAAAUUUGAAGGCUUGAAUCGCAAUAAUUUUGUUUUUGUUGAUAGAUUCCCAUUUUUAAAAAUAAACUCCUGCAAUAAUUCUGAAGUGCAAAAUUCAAAGCCCUGAAUAGUUGAAUGCUUGCAACCAGUGGCUGAAACAAAGUUGCCCAUGUUGUCUUUUGGCUCUGGUUAAGGUAUAAUUUAAAGAACUUUCUGUUUAGAUUGGGGAGUAAAUAUACUAGUUAUCUGAAUGUAAAGUCUAUAUACCUAGUAUAUGAAUUAUUUGCCAUUUGCAGUUUAGGGAGUUACAAAAUCCACUGGUAAAACUUGAAUGGAGAAUUUUAAAUGAAAGGUACUAUAGGCAAAUGAUGGUGAUUGCCCAAUAUGUAUUUUUGUUUUGAAUAAUUCCCUCCCUCCCCUCUGUUAUACCAUGUCUACUUGCACUUGGGCAUUGGCAUGAAAUUUUUCUUUCUUCAAUAAUGAAUGAUGUAUAUUGAAAUGAUCAGAUUUAAGUUAGUAUUUCAGCUGGUUAGAAAUUGGUGCUGGUAAUUAAUUGGACAAUGGCUACAGGGUUUUCAAAGAUUGAGAGAAAGGCCAUGUUCAUUUCAAUGUGUUUUCAAGUUUCACCUGGUGGUUUGGUUGUUUGCUGAAAGAUAAAUCCAGAAUGAUUUUGUUAGCCUAAAUUACUAGAUUACAGUAGCAAAUUCUCAAUGUCAAAUCAAACAAAUGUAUAACAAUUCUGUUAGGAGCUGAAAAAAGACAAUGUUUUACACUCUGACUCUGUUUUAGGCACUGGGCCUGCUGUAUAUUUCUGGCACCAUCUGUUUGUAUUCCAGAUUGUCGGAAAUUACAGUUUAAGAAUAUUUCCUCACUUUUUUUAUUUCAUUGUCCAUUCCCCAGUAAAAGUGCUUUUAAAUGGAUUGUAUGAUAACAAUAAAAUUUGAAAUUGCAGAGCAGCAAUUUAAAACAAAAUACUGCAGAAUCUGGCAAUCUGAAUUACUAAAAGAUAAAACUAGAAUUAGUAGGUAAGGCAGUAUCUGUCUGUCUCUCUCUUUUUUUUUCUGUCGUAAGAGAGAACUAGAGAACCAGUUUGUUUUCUGCUAACUGACUUAGUUCCUAUUUAGCAAGGCUCAUGAAUGAUUGCGUACCAGUUGUGAUUACACAGCUAUUCUCUGACAACGGUGCCUAAAGCUUGUGCAAAGGGCACAAAGAUGGUCUCUAGUAUGUCAGUGUGAAAUAUUUUGAUCAGAUAUCUGACUGCUAAGUACAGCAAGAAAAGUUAUUUGAUUAUAAUCUGUAUCUGAUCUUUGACCAGGUACAUUAUUAAUGAUUAUGCAAGAGCAUGGAGAUUUUACAUCAGAACAGACACUUGACUGAGUUCAGAGCCACUGUGAGCUUAUUCUGUGAUCUGUGCUGUGCCAUCUUGGGGGCUUGCGGUUUGUGCUUAGUCCAAUUGCAAUGGAUCCCUAUAAGGGACAAUUAGAUGGAAGAGCCAAGCUGGGUGUUGCUGGCUGGUUAUGGUUGGUGGUGCUUUGGACGAAGGGAUUUUACCUGCCUUUAUUGGUAGCAGGGUUACCAAGGAUACACUGACUUGAAAAUGGAAGAUAAUCUUAAAAAUAUUCUAUUCAUUGCACCUCCCCAAGGGGAUAUUGAAAUUCCUAAACCCUCUGUCACUUCUUCCUUCUGUUUGAUUAGAAUGAUGAGCCAGGGUACUCUGCUGUCAUUGGGCCUUGUGCCUCAAGCAAAGUAAUCACUUCAGAAUUGAUGCCAAUUCUUAUAAAUAUUGUCUGAGCUGAAAUUUGGAACCUGUACCCAAUAUGAACAGUUUAAAAGGGCAGUGUAUUUGGGGGUUGCUGAAAGGUGGUACUGUUUGUAUUUUAGCUCUUUACAGAAACUUUAAGUUAUGCUUAUAAGUAAAAUAAUCAAGAAGGGAUAUUGCAGAUAUUUGACAAUUCAGUUUUAAAUCUAGGUCUUGUGGUUCCUACAAAACAGAAAUGCAGGACUUCCCCAGAAAAACUAAAUUGUUGAUUGUGCAACAUUUCAACUUUGUUUUAGAUACACUAUAUUUUUGUUUUAAAACAGCAAUUCUGCAUAUAAAGAAGAAACUUUUGCUUUUUGAAAUUAAUUUGGAAAAACUUUAAGUGCGGGAAUAAAGAAUGUAAUUGCUGAAAGAAAAUCAUUCAGUAAUCCACAUGUGGUAUUGGAUGAAAGGAGAAACUCUAUAAUUUUGACAGUACCAAUUUUAAUGGUUUAUAUUAUGGACAAAGUUACUAUUUUUUUUUCUCCCUAACUUAUUUCAAGUAUCAUGCAUAGCUUGAAUCUGUGUGGAGGUUUUAACUAUUUCUUUUCCAUAGAGGGAGAAGGGUGGGGUGAAAAAAAAUUGAAGUGCUCGAAGAUUUAGACAUGCUCGUCCCAAAGAAAGAACUGCUGUUUAACUUUGGGAGUUCAACAGAUUAGAUUUGUUUUUUUCUGCUAACCUAAAUCCUAAAAGGUGUCAGUAGGAUCUGUGCUUCUGGUGUAAUCUUGAUUUGUUUUUUUUCUUGUGUGCAUUAAAAUAAGUUUCUUUUGUA